CGCGAUGCCUCCCAAGAAGACUGCGACCCGCGCCCCUCAGGAGAAUGUCUCCUUGGGCCCCCAGAUCCGCGAGGGUGAACUCGUCUUCGGUGUCGCCCGCAUCUUCGCCUCGUUCAACGACACCUUCGUCCACGUCACCGAUCUCACUGGCCGUGAGACCAUCUGCCGUGUCACCGGUGGCAUGAAGGUCAAGGCCGACCGUGACGAGUCUUCUCCCUACGCCGCCAUGUUGGCAGCCCAGGACGUCGCUGUUCGCUGCAAGGAACUCGGCAUUACUGCCCUGCACAUCAAGAUCCGUGCCACUGGUGGUAACGGCACCAAGACCCCCGGUCCCGGCGCCCAGUCUGCCCUCCGCGCCCUCGCCCGUGCCGGCAUGAAGAUCGGCCGCAUCGAGGACGUCACCCCCACUCCCUCCGACUCUACCCGCCGGAAGGGUGGUCGCCGUGGUCGUCGUCUCUGAGCGCCAGGCCCUUCUCUCUUUACUACGACUGCUUUUACACGACUACGCCGAACGAUUUUAUUGGGGGCGUGGGAGUAUUUUUUUUGCGGUUUUAUUUUGGGAUGGACAGGAGCUGGCCUCGAGAAGUAUUCUGGCCUGGUCUCAAUGGGUUGGCGUCGGGCACAAUUACGAGGAGAACGGCUUUCACAUCCCCCCCCCCUGG